GGCUUCCUGUGCGCUUCCUGGCGCCUGGGCCAGCGCACUCGUACGUGCCGUGCCAGGCGCUGCCCCCAGCACUCUGCCAGCGCCCCGGGCCCCAGCACCAUGCUGCGCCGCAAGCCCUCCAACGCCAGCGACAAGGAGCCGGGCCACAGGAAGCUCUCCCUCCAGCGCUCCAGCAGCUUCAAGGACUAUGCCAAGGCCAAAGUCAGCUCCCCCGUGGUGACCGACAAGGAGUUCAACCUGGAUGAGAACAUCCCUGAGGAUGAGGCCAGCAGCGCCGGCCCCGAUGAUGCCGCACGGAGCAGCGGGAUGAAGCUGGGCAAGAAGUGGCGAGCCGUCAUCUCCCGCACCAUGAACAGGAAGAUGGGCAGGAUGGCUGUGAAAGCGCUGGCCGAGGGGAAGCAGGGAGACGUGGAGGAGGAGGGGUCCCCGUCCCCCCUGUCCCCAGCCAGCAGCAUAGAGGAGCCAAGCCACGACAAGGUGCCCCUCUCCUACCUGGAGAUGGAGGAGGAUGGGCACCCAUCCAUUGGCCGCCAGCUGUCCAGCGGCAGCGAAGUGUCCAGCCCCAGCCCCAGCCCCAGCCCUGCAGGCAACCGUGACAGCCUGCGGCUGGAGGAGAGCAGCCCAGCCUACACCGGCCCCUUCUGCGGCAGGGCCCGCGUCCACACGGACUUCACGCCCAGCCCCUACGACAAGGACUCGCUGAAGCUGCGGAAAGGGGACAUCAUCGGCAUCAUUGAGAAGCCACCUGUGGGCACCUGGACCGGGCUGCUCAACAACAAGGUGGGCUCCUUCAAGUUCAUCUAUGUGGAUGUCAUCCCUGAGGAGACAGCCCCUGUCCGCAAGAGCCGGAGCCACAGCAAGAGCAAGCGGCUCAAGCCCAAGACCCUCCACGAGCUGCUGGAGCGCAUCAACCUGCAGGAGCACACCUCCACCUUACUCCUAAACGGCUACCAGACCCUGGAGGACUUCAAGGAGCUGCGGGAGACCCACCUCAAUGAGCUGAACAUCACAGACCCCCAGCACCGUGCCAAGCUGCUCACAGCUGCUGAGCUGCUCCUGGAUUACGACACAGCGAGCGAGACAGAGGAAGGAGGCAGCUCUGAAGCCCAGCCUUCCCCCAUGGACCCCAAAGGGGACAUUCCCCGGGACUCAGGCUGCUUUGAAGGAUCAGAAACACUGGACAGCAGCCGGGAUGAGACAGAGCUGACGGGCCCCGAGGGGCAGCUGCAGGCUCUCUCCCUGACAGAGUCCUCCUGAGCCCUCCCUGCCUUCCCAGACUGCCCGCUCCUGGGCCUGCCCCACUGAAGGGGAGAGCCCACAGCCGCUUUCUGCUCAGGCUCUGGCCUGGCAGCAGGACCGGACUGGAGGCAACUGCUUCCCACAGCCCAUGGGAGCCUUGCAGGAGAGCCCCAGUGACAGGUCCCCCGUCGCCCGGAGCUGUCACUCCCGAGAGCGGUGCAGCAUCCAGCUCGCAGCCCCAGAUGCGGCUCCCAGCCCCACUCCGUGGGCAGGCACUGCGAGGCUGCCGCGAGUUCAACCUUCAGACCCCGGAGGCCGCAUGGUCGCUGACCGAGGGUAUUUUAUGCCCUGCUGCCUUGUCCCUGCUGCCCUGCACUGUCUCAUAAAACAGGCGCUCCAAGCACUCCGGCGAGUCCAACAGAGACCCCAGGCAAAGCCUCAGGCUUGCCAGCCAGGGCUGUAUUGCCUCUUAGGGCUUUAUCCCUAAAAAAAUAACCUGGUUUUGCCCACAGUUUAAGAGCUCUCCCAGGCUGAGCAAACACGAGCACGCAGGACCCAGCAAAGGCAGGGAGGUCCACAGCAGGCACCGACAGAGCAGCACCCAGCACCAAGCGGAAAGCAUGCAAAAGAGCAGAGGCGCAGCAGUCCCACUGAGCCAGGUACGCGCAGCCAGAGAGGGGAGCUGUGCUGCCUCCCUCCAGCAUCCUCCUCACAGCUGAAGCUCAAGCAAAGCAGACAGGGAGGGCAGGGAAAGGUUUCCUGGAAAGCUUGGUCAAGCGGGGUGGCGGGGUGAGGUUCAGCCAUGCCCUGACAGCAGCCCAGCAAGCUCCCGCCUGCUUCAGUGGCCCCAGAGCACCCCAAGGCAAGCUGGAGAGAAGAAAUACCAUGGGCCAAGCCAGCGCAGGACUCCCUCAGCUCCAGCUCCCUCAGCUUUGGGCAAGCAGAGUCCCCAGCACCCAGGCCAAACACCUCAGCCCCAAAGGCUCGCAGCCACCACCCAACAGCACUUCUGGAGGAACCACGGAGGUAAGACGCCAGAGCUGAGCCGGCACCAACUGCUCCACUGCUCCCAGGAUUGCUGCCCCAGCGGUGGAUGGUUCAGAAGCAGGGUAAGGUUGUCAGCCCCACAGCUUCUGCAACAUCACAGCACAGCUACCAGGGCAGCUCCUUCCAGAGGGGCUGGAUCCCCCACCUACACCCUAGCUGGGGCACCAGGGCCCUGCAAAGCCUCCCUGCUGAGGAACAUGAGCCAGGCAGUAGCCAAAGCACAGGCCAGGUUAGAGAGGCUCCCCCUUCUUCAGGGCAGGAUUGGGCACUCGGCCCAUAGCAAAUAAAUAAGCUAAUCCCCGUUUUGAGGUACCACGGCACCCACAGGUCUGCCCAGGGGUUACUUUGCCAAGGCCAGGCCCAUUCAGGCCAGGCUCUCACUGCUGCAGCUGCACAUCUUCAGCUCCUGCUCUGCAGCAUCCACACGUGGGCACUGAACUUGUUCUUUUGCGCUCGACUCCAAUAAAGCGUGCUAAUACUUCUUGCUCUA